AUGCUGUCGACAGAACGAUCGAGUAGACCUCAUCCCUUUCGGCACCCUCAUCGACCGAUUUCUUCAAAUUACGGGGCCUCUGCACGAGCCAUGCAAAACGGGACCGAUCACCUGGAACACAUUUGGAUCAUUACCGGUCCUGCAGGAUGUGGAAAGACUACGGUAGCUCAGCACCUUGCUGCUGAGUUGUCGUUACCCUACAUCGAGGGUGAUGAUUAUCAUCCCACUGCCAACAAGCAAAAAAUGGCCUCAGGAAUCCCUCUGACAGACGCUGACCGCUGGGAUUGGCUGAUCACCCUCCGAGAAGAAGCCAUCAAAAGGCUUCAAACCUCCAAUUCCGUCAUUGUCACAUGUUCGGCCCUGAAGCGCAAAUAUCGCGACGUCAUUCGCGUCGCCAACUACGAUCAUCCGUCUGUCCAAGUCCACUUCAUCUACCUCAAGGUUGACGAAGUAACGCUGCAAGCGAGAGUGGCUGCGCGAGUCGGUCACUACAUGAAAGAAGGGAUGGUGCACAGCCAGAUGGCCACGUUGGAGGAGCCGGAGGAAGAGCUUGAGUGGGAUGUCAUGCAAGUCGAUGUGAGGGAGGAUAAAGAACUGGUCAAGCGACAUGCACUCGAGCUCGUGCAACGCAAGCUGAAAGAAUAUGAUGAGCUGGCAGUGCCGCAACAAGGCCAGUGA